AUGUCAAAAAGAUCGAAAAGUGAAAAUUUUUCUUCUUCAUUAAAAGAUGUACAGAAUGAGAACAUUGCAAACCUUAUAGUCAUGCCGAAAAGGUCAAAGCUUGAGUCUUCGUCUUUCGGCAAGCAACCUUGCACUACAAACAAUUCAAGUGGUGUGAUAUCAAGGAUUCCAUUUUCAGACAUAACUAAUGUUCGAAAUCCUGAUACGAAUAAGGAAGCGAAAGAGAGGCGAAGACAACGAAAAAUCUAUUUGGAUUCUCGGAAAAAUCAGUCUCUACGUAGACAUUCUAACGCUCUCAGGAAUGUAUCUUCAGUUUUCAUCCCUAAACUUACUCAAGAUGAGAGUAAGGAGAGGCGUAAACUUAGAAAAUUAUACAUCGAUGGUAAACGUUAUGGAACGCAAAAAGGUACAUCACAAUCUAUACAUGUUAUAGCAUCUACCUCUGGUUCUUCAUCCAUUCCGCAUGACAUGGUCAAUGUUACAACAGAGGCGUCCAUUGGAUAUGGAGUUUUUGACCCGAGACUUCUUCAAAAUCACUGCAAAGAGAGACGGAGGUUAAGGAAGUUAUAUUUAGACAGUAAAAGAUCUACAAGUCUACAACGACGAAAAUUACACCCUUCCAAUACUUUAUCAUCUUCUUCUGAAUUAAGAUUGAUAUCUUCCAACACGCACAACGUUACUCCUACAACGUCGGUUGUACCUACAAGUAAUCUUAGUUGUCUUACAAACAACAUGACUACACCAAUAAACAUCCGUCGUUUUUCUCUAUCUUCAAACAUCACAAAUUCUAGCAACACACCUACUAUUCUACAAAGUUCUUCUUUACAGAGGAUGUCGCCGGGAAAACGUAAGUUAUUAAGUAAACCACGAGUUACAACUCCUAUACCAAUGAUCGACUUGACGACAGAGGAAACUACAGAUGAUGCAAUUUACAAAGGAGUUUCAACAGAUUAUUUUGAUCAUGGUGACCAAUGUAUUACUUGUGAAGUAUGCAAUGCUAAAUUAUGGGAUGCUGAAAAAGGAAGGGGAAGAAAAGAGAAAGGAAGAAUAUGCUAUUUCUUAUGUUGUGGUUAUGGAAAAGUAGAGCUACCAGAUUAUAAAGAUACUGUUCCAAGUUAUACGAAACUUUUUACGUAUAAGGAUAAAGAAAGCAAACAUUUUUUGAAUAAUAUUCGACGGUAUAACUCCAUAUUUGCUUUCACGUCAAUGGGUGGUAAGGUUGAUCACACUGUCAACAGAGGUAACGGACCAUUCUGCUACAGAAUUAGUGGAGAGAACUACCACAGCACUGGAAGCCUGCUUCCAGAAGACGGAGAUCAACCUAAAUUUUGCCAGCUCUACAUUUUCGAUACUGACAACGAACUUUCCAACAGACAAUCCGUUUUUAGUCGUUCCAAGGAUUCAUCAUCCGCGAGUGUCGCUGAACUUGAUAGUAAACUGAUUGAACAUAUAAAAUGUGUUUUAGAUUCAGAAAACCAGUUGGUAAAAGCUUAUAGGAUGGUUAGAGACUGUUUUCAUGAAAACCCUGAUCUUAAUCUGAAGCUUCGUCUAAUUGGUAUUAGAGAAAAGGAUGGACGAACGUAUAAUUUACCAACUUGUGGUGAAGUUGCUGCUCUAAUUAUGGGGGAUAUUGCAAACACAAUCAACAAUAGAGAUAUAGUUAUUGAAACGCAGACAGGUACUUUGAAAAGAAUUAGUGAAUUGCAUCCUUCAUACCUUGCACUUCAAUAUCCUAUUUUAUUCCCUUAUGGAGAUGAUGGUUACAGAAUUGACAUCCCUCAUCGAGGUGUCGUAGACGUAAUCAAUAAGAAACGUCCAAAUUGUACAAUGAGAGAGUUUUUUGCAUAUCGUGUGCAAGACAGAAUUAAUCAGUUUUCAUUGAUUCUGAAUUCAAGGAGACUCUUUCAACAAUUCUUGGUUGAUGCGUAUACUAUGAUUGAGAGCGAAAGGCUUAACUACAUACGACUUCAACAAAAGAAUCUAAGGUCAGAUAGCUAUGAAAGUCUAUGUGAAUUAAGAAAUAAGGGCCAGCAAGACAUAUCUAAGGUUGGAAAACGAAUCUUUUUGCCCUCUUCGUUUACCGGUGGCGCUAGAUAUAUGAUGCAAAAUUAUUUAGAUGCCAUGGCUAUCUGUAAGUGGUUUGGUUAUCCGGAUUUUUUUAUAACCAUCACGUGCAAUCCAAAGUGGCCUGAGGUAAAAAGGUUUCUUAGAGACACAAAUCUUAAACCUGAAGAUAGGCCCGAUAUACUGACGAGAUUGUUUAAAAUAAAGUUGGAUUCAAUUUGCAAAGAUUUUAAAGAACGCCAUCUAUUUGGAAAAGUUGCAGCAGUUGUUUACACAAUCGAGUUUCAAAAGAGAGGAUUGCCUCAUGCCCACCUAUGCUUAUUCUUAGAAAAUGAAUCCAAACUUCCAACGGUAAACCAUGUUGAUCCAUUUAUAACUGCAGAAAUCCCUGAUGAAGAUGAAGAUGCAGAAUUAUAUGCGCUUGUGAAAGACUAUAUGAUUCAUGGUCCAUGUGGUAACGCUAAUUUAAGUUGUCCAUGUAUGGUUGACAAUAAGUGUUCGAAGGGUUUUCCAAAGAAUUUUCAAGAUCAUACUACACUGGAUUCAAAUGGAUUCCCAAUAUACAAAAGAAGAGAUAAUGGUGCUUAUGUAGUAAAAAAUGGAAUCGACUUAGACAACAGAAGUGUUGUGCCAUACAACAAAAAACUUUUGAAACGCUACCAGGCACAUAUAAAUGUUGAGUGGUGCAAUCAAGCCGGAUCAAUUAAAUAUUUGUUUAAAUAUAUAAAUAAAGGCCCUGAUAGAGCAACCGUUGCUGUUGUCCAACAUGAUAAUAACAAUGAACAACUAGAACAAGACGAGGUCAAAGAAUAUUAUGAUUGUAGGUAUAUAUCGGCUUGUGAGGCAUCUUGGAGGAUCUUCGCCUAUGAUGUGCAUUACAGGACUCCUUCUGUUAUGAGGCUGCCUUUCCAUCUUCCCGGAAAACAACCUGUUGUUUUUGGACCCGACGAGGAUAUUAAUCAAGUCCUUAACAAACCAUCUGUCAAAGCUUCAAUGUUUCUUUCCUGGAUGGAACGUAACAAAGACCCGAAUGACACAUUGGCCCGUACACUUACAUAUGUUCAAUUUCCAAGUUGGUAUGUAUGGAAGCUUGAUAAACGUUGUUGGGAACCUAGACAAAGACAUAAGUCAAUUGGGAGAAUUCACGCUGUAAGUCCGUCUCUUGGGGAAGCAUAUUAUUUAAGAAUUCUUCUUAACAAAGUGAAAGGACCAAAAUCUUUUGAUGAUAUUAAAACAGUUGAUGGUAAGGUAUAUGAUACAUUUAGAGAUGCAUGUUAUGCACUCGGUCUUUUGGACGAUGACGCAGAAUACAUUGAGGCAAUCAAGGAAGCAAAUGAAACAGGAUCCCCUUCGUAUCUUCGUAAUUUAUUUGCUACUUUGCUAUUAACAAAUACGUUGUCCAGACCUGAGGUUGUAUGGGAAAGCACAUGGAGAUACAUGACAGACGACUUUAUCUACAGACUUAGAAAAUAUCAUCGUCUUACAGCUUUAUCAAUUCCAGAUCACCAGCUUAAAAACUACGUUUUGAGUGAAGUUGAAAAAUUCUUAGCCAGAAACAACUCAUCACUCAAAAGAUUUGAGACAAUGCCGUACCCAGAUACUGCGUCUAUGUCUGAUUCAGACAAUCGUUUGAUUAACGAGGAGCGUAUCUACGACCAAACGAAUCUUCAAGUUGAAUUUAAUAAUCAACUUAAUUUGCUAACUGAGGAGCAACUAUCAAAAGGUCAAAUUGUAUUAAACGUUGCUUCAAGUGGCAUCGCGUCGUUGUUAUUGUCUGGUGGCAGGACCGCGCAUUCCAGGUUUCGUAUUCCAUUGAAUCUUACAGAGGAUUCAGUUUGUCAUAUAAAACCUGAUGGAGAUGUUGCUAGACUACUACACGAAACAAACUUGAUUAUAUGGGAUGAAGCGCCUAUGGUCCAUAAGCAUGCAUUCGAAGCGUUGGAUAGAACAAUGAACGACAUUUUCAAUAUCGACACUUCCAACAGAUCAAACAUCCGCUUUGGAGGAAAGGUUAUUGUUUUAGGAGGCGAUUUUAGACAGAUCCUUCCUGUUGUUCCAAAUGGUGGAAGACAAGAGAUUGUCAAUGCCUCAAUAAGUUCGUCUUAUCUGUGGAAUACAUGUAAGUUGCUGAGACUAACAAAAAACAUGAGGUUAACAGUUGGAAGUUCAGCAUCGGACGCUGAAGAAAUAAAACAAUUUGCCAAAUGGCUUUUGGAUAUAGGUGAGGGAAAUGUUGGUGGUCCAAAUGAUGGAGAAGCGUCAAUUGAAAUACCAAGCGACCUUCUAAUCACUGAUACAUCGGAUCCCAUUUCAACUUUAAUUGAUUUUGUGUAUCCUUCAAUUCUCGAAAACUUCAACAAUCAGAAUUAUUUCAGUGAGAGGGCUAUACUUGCACCUAAGAACGAGGUUGUUCAUGAAAUUAAUGAUCGGUUGUUGUCACUAUUCCCAGGCGAAGAACGAGAGUAUCUUAGUUCAGACAGUCUUUGUCAGUCUGAAAAUCCAAACGCUACACAACAAAAACUAUACUCUCCUGAUGUGCUUAACGGUCUUAAAGUAUCCGGCUUACCUAAUCAUAGGCUAGCACUAAAAGUAGGCGUGCCGAUGAUGCUAUUACGUAACAUUGACCAACAAAAUGGGCUUUGCAAUGGUACACGACUACAAGUCAAAAAAAUGUAUAACCGUGUAAUAGAAGCCGAGAUAAUAUCCGGAGGGAACAUAGGCACUCGCACUUAUAUACCAAGGAUUAGUUUGAUACCUUCUGAUAAAAAAAUUCCUUUUGAGUUUCAAAGGAGACAAUUUCCGUUGGCUGUUUGUUUCGCAAUGACUAUUAACAAGAGUCAGGGACAAUCACUGUCUAGAGUUGGUCUGUAUCUGAAGCAACCAGUUUUCACCCAUGGUCAGCUGUAUGUUGCUUUAUCAAGAGUUAAAACCAGACAAGGAGUUAAACUUCUGAUUUUGGACAAUGACGGCAAACCUACUAAUAAAACGACAAAUGUAGUUUACAAAGAAGUAUUUCGUGACUUGUGA